GAGCUCCUUGAGGACACAGCCCUGCCUUAUUUAUUUUCAGUCCAUAGAGAGAGGCUCAGAGAAUGUGAGAAGGUGGAGGGAGGGAAAGAAGAAGGGAGGAAGGAAGGAAGUAGAAUGAAGAAAGGAAGUCAGGAAAGAAGAAAGAAAAGGAGGAAUGAACAAGUCAAGUAAAGACAUUGAGGGACAAUUCAUUCAUUCAUCCAUCCACCCAAUCAUUCAUUCAACAAAUAUCUACUGAGUUCCUACUGGGCCCUGCUCUAGGCACUAAGGAUACAAUUAGCAAGCUCAGAGGACCGGUGACUCACUCUCAGCAUUUCCAGGAUGAUCCCCAAGGAGCAGAAGGGACCAGUGAUGACGACCAUGGGGAACCUCACUGAACCAGUCCCUCUGCUGGACCUGGGCAAGAAGCUGAGUGUGCCCCAGGACUUGAUGAUGGAGGAGCUAUCGCUGCGUAACAACCGAGGAUCGCUCCUCUUCCAGAAGAGACAGCGCCGCGUGCAGAAAUUUACCUUUGAGUUUGCAGGCAGCCCACGUGCGAUCGUGGCAGGAAGCGCCAAGGAGAAGGUGACUAGGACAGCAGAGCCUGGGAAGAUUGCCAACAGUUUCGAGGGGCAGAACUACCGCUCCGAGCUCCACAUCUUCCCAGCCUCGCCUGGGGGCCCUGCGGAUGCCCAGCCUGCAGUGAGCACUCAUAGCCCCAGCGCCCUGGCACCAGGCUAUGCCGAGCCACUGAAGGGCGUCCUUCCUGAGAAGUUCAACCACACAGCCAUCCCCAAGGGCUACCGCUGCCCGUGGCAGGAGUUCAUCAGCUACCGGGACUACCUGGGCAAGGGCGGAAGUCACACCCCCAGCCUGGCGGAGUAUCGAAAUUUCAACAAGACCCCGGUACCCUUUGGAGGAGCCCUGGUGGGGGAAACCAUUCCGAGGACAGGCACCCCCUUCGCCCCAGAGCUCACCAGUGGCUUGGAACUCCUCCGCCUCAGACCCAGCUUCAACAGAGUGGCCCAGGGCUGGGUCCGCAACCUCCCAGAGUCCGAGGAGCUGUAGCCCCAGCCCUUUCAAUUCCCCCAUCUCAGAGUUC